AUGGAUGUAAUUUGUCAUAGUAAUAUCAGAUGUCCGAAAUCUAAAUUUUCUGUUUCAAAAUGUCGUGUAAAAUCAGAGAAAAUUUCAACAAGGCCACGCAAAAUACCAGCCUUAAAUACAUUUGGUCCGUUUCCCGAUGAAACCAUAACAAUAGCCUUGGAUCGCAUUUUAUAUUUCCUGGGUGGUCGGAAAAUACAGAAAUACUUCAAUAACGAACCGACGAGUAGCAGUGAUAGAAGUCAGUGUUCCAUAAGAAGGGUGUCAUAUAGAGACUGCGCUAAACUUCAAAAGGAAAGUUGUAGAGAAUCUCAAGGAGAAAGCCCUCAAUCCAAUAAUAAUAUUCCCAGUUCCAAUAUUUCAAAUCGUAGUUCCAAAUAUUCAACCUGUAGCAGUUUUUCCCGAAAAUCAACUCCAAGUGUUAUUAUACGUGAAGAAACUCAUGGAGAUUCGAGCUGUUUAAGACGAUCGGUACAAAGUUUAAAACGUUCAUUCUCGUUGUGUUCGUUGGCAUGUCGAAAAAUCAGAGAUAAACUUUUAUUGGGGAAGGAAUGUUGCUCUCCGCCAAGAUGGCUGUGGACAAAACUGCAGGACUAUGGUGAUGGUUGUCAAGUCUAUGAAGUCUUUACAAACUCUUCGACAAGCAGUCAUCCUUCACAAUUUGAAUCGGAUAGAGCCCCAAGAAUAAUUUUUGUUAUUUUACCCACCGGGGUAAUAAUGCCAUUUGAGACCCUUAUAAGGCAUUGA